UUUAUAAAACCAAAGAGCCUUGGAACAAGAAAAAAAGAAGACCUAGCUGCCAUGGCUUCAUUCCUCUGUUCCACCAGAUUUUUCCUUCUCAUACUCCUCCUCUCCGCCGUACCCAUAGCUUACAUCAUUCACUCCGAAACUUCGGAGCGUGCCACGCACGUGUACUCCUACCACAGCGCUGGUUGGCUCCGCGAGUCCACCAAGUGGGACGCUCUCAACAGCCGCUUCAUCGUCUCUUUCUUCGAGGGCGGCCUUGGUCUGAUUCCUCUCAAUGAACACCAUUCUACCGGCGCGGUUUUGGAGGAGAUUCCGGUGGUCGGAAAAUCCGGCUCCGGGAAGAACUCGACGCUAGGGUUCGUUAUUGACCGGCCGAGGAACCGAGCAGUGGCGGCCAUCGCCGAUGUGCUUGGAAACAAGUACAGUGCUGUAGCGGCCUAUGAUUUGACCACGUGGGAUCAGUUGUUUCUCACCCAGCUCAGUGGACCAGACGGUGAAAAGGGAUUUGCAGAUGAUGUAGCAGUUGACGAAGAGGGAAACUCAUACAUAACCGACACAAAGGGGAACAAGAUCUGGAAAGUUGGCCCUAACGGAGAAUACCUACACGCCAUUAAAAGCCCUUUAUUCACUCCAAAAGAGUGGUACUACAACUUAGUCGGACUCAACGGAAUUGUGUACCAUCCAAACGGGUACUUACUCGUGGAUCAUACUUUAACCGGGAAUCUAUUCAAAGUCGAAAUAGGUAGUAAAUCAGGAGAUGAAGUAAAGGUCGUUAAAAUAAUCGGCGGUGGUUCUUUAAUGUUUGGUGAUGGAAUGGAGAUUCUGUCUCCUACAAAGAUAGUUGUUGCUGGAAAUCCAUCGAGAUUAGUCGAGAGUUUGGAUGAUUGGGAGACUGCACGAAUUGUGGGGAAAUUUUCGGGGGUGACUCAUCGGUUAGUUACAGCUGCUUUUGUGAAGGAAGGGAAGGUGUAUCUGAAUCACUUGUUUGGUUUGGGGUAUCCUAAGAGAAAACAUGUGCUUGUUGAGGCUGUUUUUUCUUCAUUUAAAUGAUGCCUUGCUGCUUGGUUGCUCAUCCUUUUGUUAUUUAUUAUUAUUAUUAUUAUUAUUAAUUUAAAAUGAUGCAUAAAAGAUGUGUGUGUGUGUUUGUGAGCAGCAGACAGAUAUGUAAUUUCCACAUAUUUAUAUUGAAUCUGAAAGCAAAUAUUUUUUUUAUUUGUUUU